AUGAGUGAAAAAAAAAAUGAUUUCUUUUCAUUCUUCAAUGGAUCUCAGAAGAAAAAGGAAACAAAAAAGAUAAUUUUUGAUGAAAAUUACUUCAAUUUGAAAGUAAAUGGAGGAAAGAUUCAUAGUGAUAAGAUUUUAAUUGAAGCCUUUUCAAUAGUAGGUAAUUGAAUUAAGAUAAUUGAAGAUAAUGAGAAGUUAGAGACUGAUAUCAAAUGGUUUUAAAUUUCACCAAAUAAUGAUUUCAAUACUUUAGCAAUAACAGGAAACUAAUACCAACCUAGCAUUGAAGAUGUGGGUUCUAAGUUCAUGAUCCAAGUUGUGCCAAUUAAAGAGGGUAGAUAAUAUGAAGGAAUGCCAAAGUCAAUGGAAAUAGGGCCAUUAUAAAAAGACGAGUCAAUUUAGGAAGAAAUUGAUGAAUUGUUAGAAAAUGAAAAGAUGACUGUAUUUGUUACAUUAGAAUAAAUAUUAAGCAAGGAUUUCCAGAUUGUACUAAAAUAUUAAUUAAAAAGGAAGCAGAACUGCCUAUCAAUUGCAUACUCAAAAUAACACUAAAAAAUAUGGAAUUAGAUCUAAAAGAAAAUGAUUAAACUAUUCAUCAUAUUUAAGUACCAUUAUAAGCAUUAUAUCCAUCAUGUACAUCAGUGCAAGGGACUGAUGAGAGUUUUAUCUUAAGGGUAGAUUAAGGAAAUCAUUUCUAAAUGAGAGCAGCUGAUAAUUCUUAAAGAGAUAUAAUUUUGACUGUUAUCAAAGGAUUUUAUGGUAAAGGCAUAUGGAAGGAUCAUGAAGUGUAAUAAUUAGAUGAAAGUGAAGAAGAUGAAUAAGAAAAAUCAUAAUUAUAAGAAUUAGAAUAGAAAUUAGAUUUAAAUCUUAAUGAUGAACAAUAGGAUCAAAACUAACAAUAAACAUAAUAAACUUAAAUUUUAAAAGAGGUUUGUAAAGAAGAGAUUACGCAAGAAUAACUAAAUUAGGAACCAGUUGGGUCUAUUAUAAUAAAAAAGGAGGAUGAAGAAUAAUAAAAAAGUGAUUUUGUAUAAAAAUUAUAAUCAGACGGAAAAUAAGUAAUUAAGCAACCACAACUGGAAAUACGAGAAUAAGAUCAUUAGCUCAUGUAGAAUAUACUUACAUAAGAAAAAAAAUAAGAAGUAGAUUAAGAAUAAAAUUAAAUUAUAGAAUAAAAUGAAAUAAUUCAAGAAUAAUAUAAGAAUAUAGAUCAAAUAGCUUUAAUUACUCAAAAAUAGUCUGAUGAGAUGAAAUAAUAAGUAAAUGAAUCAAAAAAUUUCGAGGGUGAUAAUGAAGAAGUAUAAUAAAAUAAUGAUUAAAAAAUAUCAGAAGAAAUUAUUUAGGAAUAAAAUAAUUAAUAAUAAUAAUAAGCCAAUUUAUAAUAGCAUAGAAUAGAUUCAUAAUAAUCAACUUAACAAUAAUAGAUUGAAUAGCAGGAAUAAUAAACAAAAGAUAUAGAGAAUAAAUUAUAACUUGAGAAUAGUAAUAGGAAAUAGAGUGAUUAGAAUAAUUAAAUUAAUAAUGAAGAAUAAUUAUUACUUCAAAGAUCUGAACAAAAUUUUCAAUCAGUUAUAAUACCAUCAGAAGGUAAUAAGGAAGAGAAGCUUAGUCCUAUAAAAAAGAAAGAGAAGAAAAACAAUAUGAAUUUGUAUAUUCAGAUAAAUGAGAAUGUCAAAUUAAAAUAAGAUAUUGAACAAUAUAAAAUAAACUAAUUAAAGGAUCAUGAAACCCUUUAAAAACAAUAAAAAUAAGUAAGAAUAAUUAAUUCAAUAGAUUUAAACAUUAACAGAGUAAUUGAAUAACUGCACAAAAAAUUAUUAUUUACUUGAAGAGGAAUGUACAAAUUAAAAGAAGAUAAUGCACAAUUUGAAUGAUUAGAAAGUUUUUUUAUAAUAGGAUAUCAAUAUGUACAAGACUUAAUUAUUGGAAUUAACAGAAGUUAGCUCAAGUUAGAAGGAGGAGAUUUCGCAAUUAUAAAAGCGUUUGAAAAGAUAACAGCAAUCCUAAGAUUUGAAUGAAGCAAAGAAAUAAAUUGAGUAAUUAAAAGAGGAGAUAGCAAAGAAAGAUUUAAUGUUAGAAGCUGCAAAUAAGGAUCAUAUAUUAGCCUAAUAGAAAAUAGAAGAUCUAGAAAAGGUAAUAGAAGGAUUUUAGAAUCAAUUAAUUCAUGAGAAGAAGAAAUAUGAGAGUUUGUCUAUAGAGAAAGGAAUAAAAUAACCAUAAGUAAUUCAAAAGGAUCUCCAGAGAUUAUAGUUUGAAAGGCCCAUCUCAAAGGAGACAAAACAUGUAGCAUAAUCUAUGAUCCAGUUAGAUGAUGCAGAGAGAUAUUCAAUCGAUAUUAGUCAAAGUUUAUCAAAGUAAGUAGAUGAUUAAUUAAAUAGUUUAGAUAGUGUUAGUGAAGUGAAUAGAUUGAAGAAUUAGAUAAUGCAUUUAGAAGCAACAUUGCGGAGGUAAAUGAUUAAAUAAAUAUAUCAGUUUGAAAAUUGCUUACGAAUAAGAUAUAAGAUAUACAAAAGGGAAGUCAGGAAAAUCAUCAACUGGAAGUAGCAAAGAUAUUAAAUAUUUAUAACACAUAGCCAAUAAUAUGGCAGAAAUUAUAACGGAGAAGGACUCUUAAUUAGAGAAUCAGAAAAGAAUAAAUAAAGAAUUGCUCACUAAAUUAUAGAUUUUGUAAUAGUAAUAAUGAGGGACAUGCAUAUUUAAUUAUACUAAUAUUUGAUUGUUAAUUUAUUUAAAUUUAAAC